AUGUCGGUGCUAUUCGCCGAGCGCCUCCACCGGUAUCUCCAGAACCCAGAAAAUCCAGAUCACCUGGAAGAGGGCCGGGAUCCGCCCAACGAGCGUUCGCAAGAGCCCGAGGACGCACACCCACCUCUGCCCGCCUCGCCCACCAGCUUGAACAUCUUCGACGAGAUUCUCGACACGGUUCUAGGGCGCCGGUCCACGGAGGAGAAUCUGCACAGCUCUGCCGCGGACCAGCGCCCGCUGCCUGCAGCUGGGCAGAACGAGCCCACAGGCCUGGACGCCUCGGGAAACACCACCAACGUCGAAGGCACCACCGUAUUCACGACGGGCUCCCCGGGAGGCCACCCAGGCGCCAUAGUGAUCACUGUGAACUACAUGUUUAUGGACAGCGCGGAAGAGCCAACUCCAGGACGCACAGGGUCGCUCGUGGUCACCAUCCCCAACAACGCCACCAACCGCGAGCCGCACAUUAUCUCGCUGUUCAUUUCGUUGGCCACGCGCAUGGCGUACUCUGCAUUGAUAAACAACGCUCCCAAACCCAAGCCCGGCAUUCCGCUCGAGAAGUUUCAGUCAUUCAAGUCGUUGAACGUGGAGGAUCUCGCCGACAAGACGUGUGCGAUCUGCUUCGAGCAGUAUGAGUGUUCACCACCGAUAAACGUGGAGGACCACGUUAUCACGAAGAAAAGGAAGCUCAGCUCAACCAUGCAUGUGCCUUCUGCGUCGGCCACGCCCGAGCCGUCUCCGUCUUUGUCAGCACAGAUUGAACGGGAGAACCCGCCUUCCGCGGACUCUAAUAAUACCCCCCAGAACGAAACCGCCGACGAGAACCCGAAUGACGAACAGGGUGAACAGAAAGUUUAUUUGUGCGAGCACGAAGAAGAGUUCGACCACACGCCUCUACAAAUGCCUUGCAACCAUGUCUUUGGUCGUUCGUGCUUGGCUCAUUGGCUCAAGGAGAACACGAACUGUCCGCUCUGCCGGCUCUCUGUGGCUGAUCCCGAUCAGGCGCCUGCAAGGAGCACUGGAAUCCCGCCAAUUAGUUAUAUUCGCUUUGGCGGGCUUGACGACCUCACCACAGAACCCUUGAAUCCUCCUAGCACAGCUUCGCAGCCAAAUGGAGACUCGGCGAUAUUGCGCAGGGCAACUCUGGUGAUCUUUAACCAGUCUGCAAGAAGAGCUAGAGACUCCCCCGCUGCCUCUCUCGAGGCGUCGGGUGGCACGCGAAGUUUACGAGAGCGAAACCCUCCGUUCUCCCCGGUCAUCAACAACAUCCAGAACUAUUUCAGAAGGGCAAGGAGACGGAGAGACGAUCUCUCAGGUUCCAAUUCCCUUUUUGCAUCGGGCGUAUCUAGCCGCAGAACUCCGAGUGGAGUGGAAACAGUGGCGUCUGACAGCGACUCCCUGCAAGGUCGCUUUAGAAAUUCAAGCAUGUUUGCGAGUGAUUUUGGGUCCAGUGCCAGGUCAUCAAGGGAAACGAGGUUGCAGAGCGCAAGUACAAAUGAACAAGCGCAGAGCUCUUCCGCUCAAGGCCAGCAGAAUGGCAACCAAGACGGCACACAGGAGCAGGCGGACCCCCCUGCUAAUGACGGCAGUGCUUGA